AAAAGAGGGGCCCUGGUCAGCGGUCUGUUCUUCCAGGAGCAUGAAGCUCAUAUUCAUUUUAUGGUUUGCCUGCAUGAUCAUGUAGCUCGCGGGCACGCCGGCCCUUGAAAUCCGACACGAAACCAAGAUGGAACUACGGUUUUCGGGCAACAAACUUCUGAAGAGGAGGGUAGAGGCAAAACCCACUGGCCGCACAUCUCCUGUGCGACGCUUCGACUGAUUCUGCUGUGUUGCGUUUUUUCGUUUAAGCGGCCGAGUACUAAGAGUACCCUUACGAUUUUGCCGGCACCGGCGUGUUAGUGGACUUAGUUUUCUUUACGGAACCCGCGGGGAAAAACAUCUGUAGCCAUGCCGCUGAAACAGCAGGAUUUGAACGAUGCGAUGGAAAACGACUGGGCGAUUGGGUUGACGCAGGCCCCCUGCAAUAUUCAUGUAAAAUUUCCAGUCGAGGUCAAUGGGGCAUGCCUGAGGAGAGGUUGGCCCACCUAGGUUUCAUCUUCUGGACCCGUUGCAUUGCAGUUGCUCGCCCUGAAGUCUUCUGUGGUUCAAGAAUGUCAAUGUUUUGCAUUCUGUAGAUGUGCUUUUUCAUAGAACCACUUCUUCUGGCAAGGCAAAUCCCGCCUCGACUGCAAAUUUCACCAGCAUACGCGCCGAACCAGCCCAGUGUUGCCUUGCGUUUUGGUGCCUCCCAGGAUGUCCCUGUGUGUCCGGGUAAGAAUAAGGCACGCAAAAUUCUUUUGCAGCCCCAAAUAUUGUGUUCGUUUUGAUGCACUUUCCCAAAGAAUGAGAAGCAAAGAUCCAUAUGUUUCACACGUAUUCAAAACCAGGUACCUGCAGCGAAAAGAGUUGAUGAAGGUCACCGGCGAGCCCUACGUGUGUUGUGGGGGCAUGUUUCCCUGUGGCCCUCUGAAGGACCCACAGGACGAGAACUGUCUAUUUUGCGAAGCCUGCUGCUGCCCGCACUGCGCUGUUGUCGCGAAUCGCUACAUUGUGCAGACCCGGUUUUCUAUACGAAACGGCCCCUGCGACGAGUUCAUUCUCACCUUCAUGUGCAUCGUCAGUUGGACAAUCUGCAUCUUGGAAACAGCAGGAUACGAUGUGCCAGACGAAAUCGAAGUCAUUGUAUUUGUUUGCUUCUCAUGUUGCUAUGCAUAUGAAACAUGAGUCUCGGCUGGAAAAGCACUCUUACAACUUCCUAGCGGGUGCAUGAGGAGUAGUAAGACUCAUGGGGACCAUAAGUACUAAAUUUUUACAAUACUUACUAGGUCGACCUCCUGAUUGACAUUGUUUACGCCUGCAUGCAUGCCCAGCAGCACCACCAGAUCGAGCUUAUCAAGAAGACAGUUUAUAAACCGCCAAGUCCGCAGGUGAUUGUCAUGUUGCCACCCGUGCAACAGGUAUCGCAUUGUUUUUGUUUGUUUUUAGCGAUGUUAUUUUUUUUCGUUUGUUGUGGACGCGUGCGCGUGCCACAUUAAAUUUUCGUGGUCUUCACUUUAUCGAUCCUGAAUGCGAUUCCACUUUGCCAGAAUAUGAUCGCGAACGCGAAAAUCGUGGCUCAACCUGGCGCACCGGUACCGCCGCAACAGUAUGGGCAAGCGCAGCCAUACGGACAGGGUCAAUACGGCUACCAGGGACAGCAAAUGCAGGUGCAGCAACAGCCGAUGUAUUACCAGCAGCCACAGCAGCAGCAGAUGUACUACCAGCAAGCGCCGCCGAACUACGGACAAGGCUAUGGCGGCCAACAGCACGGUGGCAUGCAGCCUUUGGGAGGCGGGAGGUAAGUCGAGAUUAAUCGAGAAGACGUGCUGCAAUUCAAUUAUCAAUCUUUUGUGUGAGGACUGGUGUCCAUCACGAUUCAGAUUCUUGUGUCUUCGACGUAGGUUGAUGGAAAGACGUGCUUGUCACAGGUUUUCCUCAAAAAUUUUCCGAAAACAACGCAACUGCCAGGUACUAGGUCCUCUUGACGCUCCAAGGUCGCUGGAUUUUGCGCAUGCAAGCUACAAAAUGUGAAGGCACUUUCUGCAGGACGAGCAGAAUCCUUCGAUUCAGAUGGUGCAAAAAUCGUUGCCUAGCAGAGACGCCAUCAAGAAGAUCUUUUGCACUACAUAGAAAAUGAUGCGCUUUUCUCCGGGUGUGGUGAGGAAAAAUCGCCCUCGCACACGCAGAACUACUAAGAAAAAACGCUGGGUUUUGCAGAAGUAAAAUAUACAUCUCACGCGCAUAGGUUUCUGUCCAGUCAU